AUGUCAGACUCUGCCCCCAGUUUCCGCGCCCUGGAAUCUCAAAUCGCCUUCAUCACCACCGUUCUCCACUUGGCUCGUCCCGCCGUUAGGGUCAAGUUCUACAACAAAUCAACAAGGACAUAUAACAAGAUCAAAACCGAAAUCAAAGUCGGCGUAUGGCACAGCACCUCCUUUAUCCUGGCCACCGGAGAUGAGAACGAUCCGGUGGGAGCCAAGGGUGUCGCCAUCACUGGCCGCAGAACUCGUGAAGAGAUCGGUGUGCUUCUCUCUCGCAACCUCUCUCAGCGCGCAGACGCCACCGCCCAUCUCUCUCCUGGCCCAUCUUCUCCCCCCUUUCUGGGCAAUAGAACCCACGGUUACCAAGCCAUGCUUCAUAUUUUGCGGUGCGAGCAGAAGGGAUUCAAAGUCAAGCCUGAGCAACACAUUCAAGACGUUGUGAACGUGGCCCAGUUCUACGUCACACGCACUCCUGGUCCUUUAGACGGCGCGCAUCGCGUCCUUCUUUUGGCUUUCAUUGCCCAUCGUUGCUGUAUCAAGCUGGCAUCCCGUAUCGAGCUCGGCAGAACCAUGUGGCCUGGCCUUGACAAAGUCCGAGACGAUGAACGACUACAUCCCGCAGCUUUCAUUUACAACAAGCUUCUCGAUGCCACGACCAAGUUGCCAAACAUUCAGACGGGAACAGUGGUUCCCAUGCCAAGCUUCUUGCAAUCACACCUCGAAGAUGGAGGACUCUGCAUGGAUCCCUCUCGACCAGCCGCCUCAGACUACGACUCCUAUCCGGUCACGAGGGAGAACGCGGCGAGCUGGGCUCAGCUCCUUUGGAAUUCCGUCGACACCAUGGAGAGAGUAUUGAAGGCAGUCAAGGAGGAAACCGUCACUGCACAACUAUUCCUGGAUUUCGAGCGUGCAAUGUGGUUGUUGAAGUAUCUCGUUGGAAGCGGUGUCCUCGAGCAUAUCGUCGCAGGCAGCAUCAAGGAAGAGUUGAAUAGGGCGCGCAAAAUUAAGUAUUCUAACCUGGAGGGCCUCAUCUACGGGAAGAACCAGCAUUCAACGAGCGCCGGUCAAACCUUUGGACAAGGCGACGAUGUUACUGCCUCAGAUUUCGAGUCUGCCCUCGAACUGGAGCAAGAGGUUGCGGAGGCGUUCUCCGACGAUGGGGAGGGUGAGGACCCCCUCGUCCGGCAUCUCAAGGCUCUUGUCAUCCCCGACGACAUCGUCGACAUUUUUAUGACGCUGUCGUCGCCGGUCGACCAUCCGCGCGUGGAGGCUGUACUUGUGAACGAUGGGUAUCUUGCGCCAUUGGAUGAUGCAUCGGGACCUUUCAUUGACAGUCUUCGGAAGGACAUCGAAGCCGUCUUGAAGAGGGAGGGAUUCGACAUUGAGUCUGCAAAGCUCCAACAAGUGUUGGACGAUGCAGUUGAACGCGUCAAUACUGCAAGCGUGCAUGCCGAGUCUGCGCUCAUGGCGCGCGCACUGUCUGUGCAUGAGAACCCGGAUUCGGCGACACCCUCCGCGGAACUGUCGAAAGAGGCCUCGGAUCUAGUGAAGGAGGUUCUCGAGAAUGAGGAGAUUGCCAUAGGUGUCGGAAAGAGGAGCUGCUUUUGCUGCGACCUCCUCUCUCAACUGAUCGCACACCGUGGAUCCACGAACCUCGACUUUGUUCUCCCAGGAACGCACCCAACCAUUUUCCCUUGGCACCCUCCGCCCGGGUUGUCGACCGACAUCCUGCAGGCUAUCAAGGACCGCUUGAUCGAGGCGAUGAAAGAGGUGCUGGGAGCCGCCAUCAGCUCGACUCAACCGACACUGCGGUUGGAUCCGCCGAAGCCCAUGAUGGUGGAGCGGUUGAAAAUGCUACCAUGGAUACUACCUUGA